AAAAAUGUUCUGAUGGGAGUUGAGGCUUCAAGCUGAGGUGCGGCUGCACAUAAAUAAAGGGCCGACAGGUGACGGAUGUGUCUGUGGACCUACUCUCCAGCUCACACAUCCGUUGUUUUGUCUAAAGAUUCAAUAUGUACGGUCACAACCAAGGAAACCAGUACCCCCCUGGCUACCCGAACCACCCUCAACAGAUGCCAGGGGGUUACCCUCAAUAUCUUCCAGGCACUGUCCCACAACCAAACUGCCCUCCUCAGCCCCACGGUCCACAUCCAGGCCACCGCGGACACGGACCUGGGCCUGGUUAUGGCCACGGACCUGGGCCUGGUUAUGGCCACGGACCUGGGCCUGGUUAUGGCCACGGACCUGGGCCUGGUUAUGGCCAUGGCCAAGGGCAGGGAUACGGACAGGGCCAUGGCCAAUGCCAUGGACAAGGCCACGGCCAUGGCCACAAGCACAAGCACAAGCAUGGUCACAAGCAUGGCAAGUGCCACAAGAAAGGAAAGGACUGUCAUGGGUCCUCCAGCAGCUCCUGCAGCAGUGACUCUGACUGAUUCCUGGAUGGAAAGAGACAAGUGGCCACCUGGAGAUCAUCGACCAUAUUUUUAUAAUCAAUAUUUUACUGCCUAGAUGUUUCUCUACAUAUGUUUUUUUAAUUUCAAUUUCAUAUGCCUUCUGACAUAACAUAUUGUAUCAAAAAAAACAUUUCACUUCAAUUCAGAUAAAUUCGAAAUUUAAUAACUUUGGUGUAAGGGACCUAUUGAAGACAUUAUUGUUUCCAUGAUGUUUGUUUUUGAGAAACAGAUUACUGCGUGAUAAAUACCAGUACAUUAA